AUGUAUGGAUGGUGGAAGUGGUGCAGCGAAGCGAUAUUUUAUCUAUAUCUUCCUUGCUGGUUUGCCACGUAUGCAAGUUGCUCUUGGCGCCAAGCUAUUGGGCACGUAACAGAAAAAGGGGAAGCUCGAUCUUGCUCUCUUAUGAAUACAGCAACUUUAAUAAUGGCUCUAAAUGUCGUAAAUCUAGGGUUUCAUCCAUCUUCUCCUUCAUCUUUUGUUUCUCCGAAGCCAUUGAAGGAUCGCUUCGUGCUCGGGUGUUCUCGUGUUGAACAGAUAUCGUUUACUGAAUCUGAGAAUUCACUUAUUGAAGCGCUUCUUGGCAUCCAGGGACGCGGACGUUCUUCUUCUCCUCAGCAGCUCAAUGCUGUUGACCGUGCUGUUCAAGUCCUUGAACGUUUGGGAGGUGUACCCGAUCCGACAAACUCCAGUUUGAUCGAGGGUCGCUGGCAGCUAAUUUUCACCACAAGACCGGGAACAGCAUCGCCGAUUCAGAGAACCUUCGUAGGGGUUGACUUUUUUAGUGUAUUUCAAGAGGUUUAUCUUCGAACAAAUGAUCCACGCGUAUCCAAUAUUGUGUCGUUUUCUGAUGCUAUCGGUGAGCUCAAAGUGGAGGCGGCAGCUUCAAUUGAAGAUGGAAAAAGAAUCCUUUUUAGGUUUGACAGAGCUGCUUUUUCUUUUAAAUUUCUUCCGUUUAAAGUUCCGUAUCCAGUUCCAUUUAAGCUACUUGGAGAUGAAGCAAAAGGUUGGUUAGACACCACAUAUUUGUCGAAUUCGGGAAACCUUCGUAUCUCGAGAGGAAAUAAGGGAACAACAUUUGUGUUACAGAAGCAAACUGAACCAAGGCAAAAGUUGUUGACAGCUGUUUCCUCAGGGAAGGGUGUUAAAGAGGCAAUAGACGAACUUAUUUCCUUAAAGCAGAACAGUGGUCAAGAAGAACCAGAACUAGAAGAGGGUGAGUGGCAGAUGAUGUGGAAUUCACAGACUGUAACAGAUAGUUGGAUAGAGAAUGCAGUCAAUGGGCUGAUGGGUAAGCAGAUUAUCAGGAAGGAUGGAAGAAUAAAGGUCCUGGUUGAUAUCUUGCUUGGGCUUAAGUUUUCCAUGACUGGAAAUUUCGUAAAAACUGGCUCCAGACUGUAUGACGUUACAAUGGAUGAUGCAGCAAUAAUUGGUGGUCCAUUCGGAUAUCCCCUAGAAGUGAAAAACAAGUUUAUAUUGGAGCUUCUAUACAGUGACGAAAAGCUGAGAGUUAGCCGGGGAUACAAUGAUAUUAUUUUCGUACAUGNUCGUACGGAUGCAUUAAGAUGAACUAACAUGUUAUUGUCUACAAGGAUAAAAGUACAAGAGGUUUUGUAAGUGAAGACUAAUCAAUUGUGUAUUAAAAUGUUAUUGGCAUCGUAAACCAAAUACAAAUAAGGACUUCAUGUUUACACACUUCAAUUAAAUGUUCAUAGAAAAAAUUAAUUA